AUGGCGGCGGACGCGGUGCUGGUGCGGACGGCACGGCGCUGCUGCGGGUGCGACGGGCGCGAGGACGCGGCGGUGGAGGCGCUGCUGCAGUGGCAGAAGGUGAGCGACCUCCUCAUCGCGGCGUCGCUCCUGUCCAUCCCGCUGGAGCUCCUCUACUUCGCCACCUGCGCCGCGCUGGCGCCGCUCCGGCGGGCGCUCCUCCAGCUCGGCGCCUUCAUCGUCGCGUGCGGCGUCACCUACCUGCUCAACGCGCUCUCCUACGACCGUCCGGGCUCCCGCCGCGUCCUCGCCGCGCUCACCUCCGCCAAGGCCCUCGCCGCGCUCGCCACCACCGCCGCCGCCGCCUCCCUCCCCGUCUGCUUCCCGCGCCUGCUCCGCAUCGAGGCCCGCGUGUCCCUCCUCCGCGCCAAGGCGCGCCAGCUCGACCGCGACCUCGCCGCCGUCCGCCGCCGCGAGGAGGCCGUGUGGCGCGUCGUCCGAGCCGUCACCCGCCGCGCCCGCGACUCCGCCGGCGCGCCGCGAGCCAUCCUCCGUACCACCAUGCUCCAGCAAGCCGCCGCCCUCGGCCUCCACAACUGCGCCGUCUGGGUGCCCGUCGCGGCCGCGCCUCACCACGGUGGCGGCAUGCUGCAGCUCACCCACCAGCUGCUGCUGCCGGACGAAGACGACAAGGCGCUCGACGGAGGCACGCGCGCCAUCUCCGUCCGUCACCCGGACGUGGCCGCCGUACUGGCCAGCAGGGACGCCAUGGCGCUCAGGCCAAGCUCCGUGCUUGCGACGGCGAGCGGCGGUGGCCUGCCGCUGGCAUCCGCCGCGGCGGCCAUACGGAUCCCAAAUUUCCACGGAGGGGGCAACGCAUCAGAGCCGGAGAGCUACGCAAUCUUAGUUCUGGUUCGUCGAGCUGACGAUGAUCACAGAUCAUCACCUCCAGGAUGGAGCAGCCAGGAUCUGGAGAUCGUGCAGGCCGUCGCCGACCCGGUGGCCGCCGCGCUCUCCCACGCGGUGGCGCUGGAGGAGUCGCAGCUGAUCCGGCAGAGGCUGGCGGAGCAGCACGGGGUGCUGCUGCACGCGAGGAGCGAGCUCGAGGCGGCGACCAGGGCGAGGGACGCCACGCACGCCGCGGUGCGCGACGCUGUGGCGAGGCCGGCGCACGCCGUCGUCGGCCUGCUCUCCGUGAUGCAGCAGGAGGCCGCCGCCGCCGUGCUGCGCCCCGAGCAGAGGCUCGACCUCGACGCCGUCGCCCGGACAAGCGCCCUCCUCUCCUCCACCCUGGCGGACACCGCCAUGGCAACGUUGUCGACGAAGGACAGCCAUGACCCGCCUAUCCUGGCGGCAAGGAGGCCGUUCGAGCUCCAGUCGCUGGUCAGGGACGCGGCCAGCGUUGCCGGAUGCUUGGCCAGAUGCCGGGGCCUCGGCUUCUCGCACCAGCUGGAGGGCAGCGGCGGCGCUCUUCCCGAAUGGGUGGUCGGCGACGACAAGAGGGUCUUCCAUCUCCUGCAGCAUAUGGUGGGCGCUGUGCUGAGCCGAUGCCGCCGCCGCCUUGCCGCAGGCGGUGUCCUGUCGUUUUCGGUCUGCAGCUGCAAUAGCAUCGCCGGUGACGAUCAGGACCGGAUCCCAGGGCCAGAGCGAGCCAAAAUCUUUGCUGGUGGCAACCAAGUGUUUGUCAAGUUCCAAGUUGGGCUGAACACAAGAUCAGCGGAGAGUGAUCAUGGGAGUUUGCCUGCAUCCUGGCCGCCACCAUCCGGCCAUGCUCCUGAUUCCGGUGACGACGUGCGGUUAAGCGCCGCUGUGUGCAAAAGGAUUGCACAGGUGAUGAACGGAAACAUGUGGUGGGCACCGGAGUCCGAAGAAGGCCUCGGAGAAACCAUGACGCUCCUCCUGCGGUUCCAGCUGCAGCCGCCACUCAAUCCGCACGUGCCCGGUUCAGGCACGUACCGGAUCGGAGCCUCGCCGAGGACACUUCCACAGCACCACCACUUCAGCGGCCUGAGGGUCCUGCUCGCGGACGGCGACGCCGUGAGCGCGGAGGUCACCCGGAAGCUCCUCGAGCGGCUCGGCUGCUAGGUGGUGCCGGUGGCGUCGGCCGCCGACUGCCUGAGCUAGCUGGCGAGUGCCGAGCCGCCGUUCCAGCUGGUGGUCCUCGUCCUCGACCUCGACGCCGCCGGCACGACCGCCGCGAUGGAUGGGUUCGAGGUGGCCCUCAGGAUCCGGGAGCUCAGCAACGCCUGCUGGCUGCUGGUCCUCGUCGCCGUGGCGGCGAGCGGCAUCGACGACCGCGUGCGCGACAUGUGCCGGCGGGCUGGGGUGAACGGGCUCAUCGAGAAGCCCGUCACGCUCCCGGCGCUGGGAGCUCAACUUCAGAGGGUCCUCCAGAGCAACUGA